AGCGCCUGGGAUGCUUCGUGAUGAAUAGCAGAGGGUCCGGGCCGUGACCGCAGGCUCAGCAUGUGCUGGAGUCUCGCUGCACUUUCCCAGCCCCCCUGCCAGGAUGGGGGGAGAGAGGGGGAGAGAGGCAGCGAACGGAACAGGGCGAUCCGCAUCCAGCAGCGCAACCAGCAGCCCGGAGCCGCCGCUUCCUGGAAGCAGAGGCUCGGGGGGCGGACGGGACAGGCAGCCUCGAUAAGGCGGCGGCUAUCGGGGCGCCAGCUGCGGGGCUGGGCAGCAGACAGCGCGCGCCCGGCGGAAGGUUCGCAGCCCGCGUCCCUCCCGCGCUGAAGGCAGGAGGGGACAGACUUCCUGAGCAGUUAUCAUGUCAGUGAAAUUGACAUUUGUCUCUCCCAGCGAUGGGGGUGGAAUCAGCAGGAGCUGCUCCUUUGCUGGAUUCAGCACAGUGCAAAGCAGAAAACUAGCAAAGUCUCUCAGCAGGAAUUCAGUGAGGUCUAAAAUGUCUGUGAAAUCCUCCAAAAUGUAUCCAUCCCUGCAGAGAGGGGCUGUUAUCUGGGAUCCAAAACCACAGCAGGUGAAGAAAAUUUUUGAAGCUUUGAAGAAAGGACUUAAUGAAUACCUGCAAGUGCAUCAGGCUGAGUUGGAUUAUCUGUCUGCUCGACACAAAGAUACAAAAAGGAACUCCAGACUGGCUUUCUAUUAUGAUCUGGAUAAGCAAAUUCGCUCUGUUGAAAGGUACAUCAGAAAACUGGAAUUUCAUAUAAGCAAGGUAGAAGAACUAUAUGAAACUUACUGCAUCCAGUGCAGGCUGCGAGAUGGGGCCUCUAAUAUGAAACAUGCCUUCUCCUUGACUCCCUCCACUAAAGCCUCCAGAGAGAGCCUGGUAGAACUUUAUAAGAACCUCCAAGAAUGCACAGAGGAUAUGUGUCUGAUUGAAGGGGCACUGGAGGUGCACUUGGGAGAAUUUCACUUGAAAAUGAAAGGGUUGGUGGGCUACGCACGUCUCUGCCCAGGGGACCAGUAUGAGGUGUUUGUGCGACUGGGACGCCAGAAGUGGAAGCUGAAGGGCAAGAUUGAGACGGAUGACAGCCAAACAUGGGAUGAGGAAGAGAAGGUUUUUAUACCCAACCUUCAUGAGCAGUUUGAAAUAAAGGUCACAGAGCUGCGGGGACUGACCACGAUUCUAGUUGGCGUGGUAACGUGUGACAGCAUCGACUUCUUUACAACCAGGCCUCAGGCGAUCAUUGUGGAUAUAACUGAGCUAGGCACCAUCAAGUUACAGUUGGAGGUCGUCUGGAACCCAUUUGACACAGAGAACCUGUUUCUGUCCCCUGGAACUACUGCCAAGUUUUCUCUGGGUAGUAGGAAAAGCUCCUUAUACAACUGGACUCCGCCAAACACUCCAAGCUUCAGGGAGAAAUAUUAUCUCUCUGUUUCGCAGCAACGAGUUAACCAAGGUGGCAUAAAUGAUGGGGCGCGAGCCCCCUCCAUAAUGAGCUACUUGGCUGACUGUGACUUUGAUGUGCAUGUAAGGAAUGACAACCACAGCUCUGCAGAGACUGAUUCAUUCAGCUUCCAGGAUCAGAAAGGAACAGAAACCAGAAAUGUGACUCCAGCUUCAGACCACAGGACCCUGCCAUUGGUUCUUGUACAGGACACCUGUGCAGAAGGAAGACAACACAAGUCUCCAAACCACACAACUCUAGAUAUCCUGAAAGAGACACCCACCGUGGAUGGAGCUCCAAAUAGCCCAUCCAACCCAAGGGACAUUAGCAAAGAUGGCAGAGAUUCCAUCAGCCAGCACUGGAGUCACCAGCCAGUGGAACAAGAAAAUGUCCUGUCUGUUGGUCGGAAAAGCUUGAACACUGAAGAUGACAUAAAACCAGCUGGAAGUGCCAAAGUAGUUGAGAAACUCCUUCAAGAAGUGUUUAAUUUGCUGAAAUCACAGAAUCCAGGGCAAACCCAAUUGGAGGAAUUGGAGUACCAAGUUUUAUGCAUCAGGGACAAAUUAAAGCUGAAGACAUCUCAUCAGAAACAUUUAUCCAUGGAGAGUCUGAUGGUGGAGAUGGUGCUGGAAAGUUUUGACUUUUUAAACACGGACUGCAGUGCUGAUGAGCUUUCCUUAUUUGGAAGCAUAAGGACAGACAGUACCAGCACUUACAAUGACAAUAUACUGGGCUAUGACAGGAAAACAGAAACGAAAGAAUUAACCACAGGGAAUGAUGAUUUAGACAAACUUCUGAUAGUUCAUCUGCAGUUGUGCAAAGCUCUCUUGCAGAAACUGGUUUCGCCAAACAUAGCCCGAAUUGUCCAGGAGAGCCUUCUGGAAGAAGUGUCACGGCAGAAACAAGUGCUGGAAACUGUUUCAAAGCUCUGUGUUCUGGAAGCUCUGAGCUUCACCUCUGUUGAAGAGGUUAUUCACAAGGCGAAGAAGCACAAGGAGUGUUUGAAAAUCUGGAGUGAAUUCACAGAGCCAGGAAAUAUCUUGUUCUGUUCAUCGGAAAAAUUCCAGAAUCCACUGAAAUACGUAUUAAUGUUCAAAGUGAAGGAGAAAUAUCCAGGACACCUAGAAGCAGUGCUGCAAAGGCUGCUGGAGCAGAUCGUCACCUGCAGCGGGUUGCUCCCCUCUGGGAGCCCCCCUGAAGAACUGCUUACCUUAUUCCAGUUUCACAGCUACCUGGAGAAAGAGCAUGUUACCAGCCUGGAGAAGCACUUGGCAGAACUCAUCAAAGAAGUGAUGCUCAUUGAGGAGCUACAGUGUCCUGGGCGACUUAAGAAAAUCAAGAAACUAAAAGGAAAGCGACUGAGCCAGCUCCAGCCUCUGCCCCAAACUUUACGGCUGCUUGGGAUUCUGCAGUUAGAUGACAACCGCCACGUCGGCAAAGCAGCAACGGCCUGUCUCUCUCGGGCGGCAACAAAUAAGAAUUUCAGGGAGAAGGCUCUGCUUUUUUACACGGAUAUUUUAGCUGAGUGUGAUGCAAAAAUACAGCAAGCUGCAUGUCUGGCUCUCAAAAACCUCAGAGCCAUAGAAAGCAUUGAGCAGAUUGCCAGCCUGUGUCAGUCUGAAGCAGAGGAUGUACGGAACGCUGCCAGGGAAACAACGCUGUCAUUUGGUGAAAAAGGACGACUAGCCUUUGAAAAAAUGGACAGAGUAUGCUGUGAGUUGAGAGACACUGUAUACCAAGAAGGUGAAAUUGAAAUCACAAUAUUUUAACUAAAUGAAAUGCUGACGCUGAUCUACAACCCAGGUCUGACCUACAGCCCAGAUGGCUACAAAAGGAUUUGGUUUCCAUGGUAUAUUUUCCAUUUACCAAUAGGUGGUUAAAUUAGCACACACAGUUAUCUAGCAGAUUUCAGAAUAUUGAGUAGGAGCAUCCAUUUGGGACAGUGCUUCCAUUGGGGAGGUUAGGACUAAAAACCAUACAGCAGCUGGAUCAGAAUUCUUCUGACACUGAGCUGAAACCAUGAAGUAUCACUGUGUGGUGCCCUCUCAGGCUGUGUCCACCAGGAAGCACAAUAAACCUUGAAAAAACUCAGUCUGCCCACAUUAGGAGGCAAAAGGGGAGUCUAACAGGAGAUUUAGUAACUUGUUUGUUUUCACUAAGAAGCCUGACUCAUUCUCCUCCUCUUCUGUGGGGAUUCAUGAGUGGCAAGGGAGCAAAGGUAAAGUGUAGCCUUAGACCUGGCAUGGGACAGUACUGCCUCUCUUAGUGCAGAGAGCAUGAGCAGAAAUAAAGCUUAGUGUGAAGAGAUAGAGGUUUCCUUUCUGCUUCGCAUGUAGAAACUCUGAACUGAUGGCAAUGGGCCUGUUCAUUAUCAGCCCAAAGUGGUUUCCCCUCCUUUGACACAAACUACUUAAAAAUGAAGGGUCAGCUCCUCAGUUGGUGUGAAAGGAGCAUAACUCCACUAGAUUACAGCAGCUGAAUAUCUGGUCCUAGAUGUAGCUUUCCUACAGCCUUAGAGUUUUGACUUUAUGGAUACAAGACAAUGUGGAUGUGGACAGCAGCACUCAGGAGCCAGAAUACCUAUAUACACUUAGUCAAUGUUAGUUAGAUCUGCAGAAAACUAGUCCAAGCUGAAGUUAUUAACCAGCACUUGUUCUGUGUGAUGUCAUAGCAGCUGCCAUGCACUUUAAAACAUCAUUUCUAGGCUGGUCUGUGCUAUCUUGUAAAUUUGAGUAAGAUCUUAAAAGUUAAUUGGUUUCUGGAAGCAAUGUAAAAAUGUACAGUAGACAAAUUGGGAUUUCAGUGCUUUAAACAAGAGAUGUUUGAAAUUAACUCUAAUCUGAAAACCGUGUAAGCAUAGAUAGGAGGAAACUAUUAAGGGAAUAUUCCUUCAACCGCACUUGUUUAUUCUUCACAUUUAUGGAUUAAGUGUAUAGAACUGAGUUGUAUAUGGACAGCUCCAGGCAGAAGUGUCAAGUUUUUAAUUUAUACACUUAAUCAUUUAAUCUUAGGCUAAGGUUAAAAAAAGGUACCUGAAGUCAGGCUCCUUAAUCCAUACUUGAGCACCUAGAAGUGGCCUGAUUUUCAACAGAAGGUGCUGAAUGCUCAGCUCUUAAAAUAAGACCACCCACUCUGAGUAUUCAAAUAUGGGUUUAGGAACUUCACGUGAGGCACAAUACUUGAACAGUCUUGGUCUUUAUGUAUAUAUUAUACAGUAUAUUGUGCUUUGUACUUUUCUAUUCAGUAUUUAUUUCUAUGUUGGUUUACGUACAGUUUUCUAAAAUUUUAAAUAAAACAUUAAGUGCUUGCCUUUUUCUAAA